CGGAUCAGAACAUAGAAAACUUCAGUAACCAUCAUGCAUGUUUUUAACCACCAGAAGAUUACCGUACUUUAAAAAGACUUUUGGAUGAAAUAAGGCAGGAAAGCACAAGUACAGAAAAACAAGAGUUGAAGAAAACAAAAAGAACCCUGUGCUUAGAUAUGGCCAGCACCCAGACCAGCUUGAAAACCCCUUUCAAAGACUUGACCUCAUUUAAAGGCAACAUGAAGCGGUUGUACAGGGAGCGAAUGGAAGACGCGCCCAUCAAGAAGCGAGUGAUUGCUGAGAUCAACCUGAAGCGGCGCAGCUUGGAUUCCUCCCUUCCUAAACCUCUGAGGGUGAAGAGGGAACAGACUGAGGACCUGCACCAUGAUACUGACAUGGAUGUGGAGGGCCGGGCCGAACUGCACGUAGCGGGCUCUGGUAAAGCCCUGGACCUGAGUCCCGGGCUCAAACACACGCUUGCCCAGUUCACCCUCAGCAGCCAGAGCUCCCUCGGGGGCCCAGCUGCUUUUUCUGCCCGCACAGGCCACGAGCCGUCCCCUGCUGGCAUGCCCCCCCUGCCUUCUCCUCCUGUUUUGGGAGGGGGCCCUCUGCUGGUCCCCUGCGACAGCUCCACCGAACUCACGUAUUCGUUGCUGGAAGGAGAGUCCAUCUCCUGCUUUGUGGUUGGGGGCGAGAAGCGGCUCUGCCUGCCCCAGGUGCUCAACUCUGUGCUCCGUGACUUCUCGCUGCAGCAGAUCAACACCGUGUGCGACGAGCUCUACGUCUACUGCUCGCGGUGCGAUGCCGAGCAGCUGCACAUCCUCAAGGUGCUGGGCAUUCUGCCGUUCAAUGCACCUUCCUGUGGCCUCAUUACACUGACGGACGCGCAGCGCCUGUGCAAUGCUCUGCUGCGUCCGGGAGCAACCUUGCCCGCCGACCCAAGUGGUAAGCUGUCAGCCCAGGGCCUGCUGAAGGAGAGUGAAGCCAGCUUCCAGGUGGAGCAUCAGUGUCUGGGGAAGUGCCAGGGGCUCUUCGUGCCCCAGUUCUACACCCAGCCCGAGGCGCCCUGCAUCCAAUGCGUUGAGUGUCAGUUGCUCUUCUCGCCGCAGAAGUUUGUCAUGCAUUCACACAAGUCACCUGAUAAGAGGACAUGCCACUGGGGCUUUGACUCGGCCAAGUGGCCCUGCUACUUGCAACUCGCCAGGAAGUACCAGGAGACACCCGAGGAGCCCAAGCUCAAACAGCUGCUGGAAGAGGUCAAAGAGAAGUUCCACUAUCAGCUCAAGAGAUCACUAGACAAAAAGGCCGGGGAGGAAGAGGAGAGCAAGCUGAAGAAGUCCUCUGCAGAUCUCUGCACUGCUAAUGACAAGUUGGCUGAUGCUGACCCUGUGAGAAAGGGAAAACAAUCUCCACCCACUUUGGUGUUUAAUCAGCUUUUCACGGACAUCAAGGAGGAGCCAGGACACCCCACCCUGGUCCAUCCCAGUUACUACCUGUACACGUAUGAUAAGAUGGUGGCUCCCAACGUUUCACUACAAAGGGAGGAGGAGAUGAGCCCCGAGAUGCUCGGAGCGCUGCUCAAACACCACUACAGCCGCAGGGUGCUGGGUCAUGAGGAACCUCCAAUGGAUCUUCACGCGUCGCCUCCCGUAACCGCUGAUGACGAAGAAGUCAAAUCCCAAUGUGCUGCUGCUGGCUCGGCCACUGAGCGGGAAUGCCAAACCCAGGCGGUUUCCAUGGAGAUGAGCAGCGUGGGCUGUAAGAAAGCCACCCACAUUCCCACCCACAGCUCUCCUCCUCCUCCCGCAUCGCCGUUGUCAUCGGUAACGGAAGUAGCUGCUAAGGACAUGAGCUGUGGUGCGAGCGACGCUGCAGUGGUUGUCGGGGGGCUGGAGGACGACAAGGACAGGAUUGUUUUGGAGAUCAUGCAGAUGUACAGCCGGCAGCAGGAGAAGCUCAACUCCACCCUGCACAAGCAGCUGCAGCUGGAACUGGAGCUGGAGGCGUUGCGUGGGGGAGAAGCAGCGAGGCUACGGGAGCUGAGCGCAGAGCAACGAGAGCUCCGGAGCGAGCUGGAGGCGGUGCACAGUGAGCAGGCCCGGCAGCUCAACCAGGCACGCCAGGAACAGCUGGAACUGGAGACCCGUCUGGAGCAGCUCCGACAGCAGGCCUGUGCAUGCGAGCCGGGCUCCCAGCGCCAGCAAGAGGCCCACUAUACUGCUCAGUUGUCGGAGCUGCGUCAGAGACUGGAGAGGGCAGAAGCCGACCGCCAGGAGCUGCAGGAGGAGCUGCGCAGGGAGCGGGAGGCGCGAGAGAGGCUGGAGCGUACGAUCGCCCAGCUCAAGCAGCAGAUGGCCCAGUCUGGCACCAUGGGAGGCAGCCCCUCUCCCCCUCUCACCCCCUCCACCGGACCCCCAAACACCAGCACCCCACCUUGCUCUUUCUCUGUGUCAGAGGCUUCAGCGGCUGGACAAAAGUAACUGCGACCCCCUCCGGGGUCCUCCUUCCUUCCCUCCCUCCCUCGUUGCUCUCCCCGUCACCCGCCAACUCUAAAGACGUAAACAAAUCAGCCUGAAGCAGACAUGAGCUCAACAUCCACUCAGGCUGUUUUGGAGUUGUGCAUCUCUCCUUCCUUCUGUUUUAUUUCAGUGUUGGACUUUAUUUUUUAUAAUUUGACAUGAAUUAAAAGUUAAAUGUUGUUUUUUUUUCUUUUCUUUUCUUUUCUCUUUACACAGUAUUUAAAGAUUUUUGGGCAUAUACAUUUGAUUUAAUUUAUGGUUUUUAAUGAACAAACUGCUGCUUUGUGGACAGGAGGUUGGUCAGGUAGUGACCAGUUCAGCCAAUCACCACCCCCCCACCUUGAUUGAUUUUCCUUGCGUAUCCCCUCCCGCUCUUUGGUCCCUGGAGCUGAGGACUUGACUUUGGACUGCUCCAUACUGACAACAACUCAUCCUACUACCUGGCACAGCAGCCGGUGCCUGCAGACACGUGAAGCUGCCUGGUCGUGUGCCUGCUCUGUCUUUCUACACAUUAAAACAAACACUCAACUACCAGCGAGUGCAGAAGACAUAGACAUUUCAAGAUGUUUUUGUUUCGUUUUGGACUCCUUAUAAAUGCAAAGAAAAAUAUAAUGUUAAAAUAUCUUUAUGGAGGUGCAAGACCUUUACUGUACAAAAGAAGACAUUUGUCAUUUGCAGAUGUCGUGAAACCUCAUGAAAAUAUGCCAAUAGUGACGCUGAACUUGAAGUGACUGUUUUUUGUUUGUUUUUUUUAUUUCUUUUUGAGUGUCAACCCUACAAGGUAGCUAGUUAUGAAAUAUUCUGGCCUGAAUCACAGACUGGUUUCCUCUUCUCUCUGCUGGGCUGGACCUGGACACUCACCUGUAGACCAAAAAAAAAACCAGACAAACAAACCCUUGGUUCAUCUACUCGCUGCCCAGCGUCUCACACCCUCCAUCACAUUACACCCAAGAGGAAAUGCUGCGCUCUUUUAAGACUCAAAGCUGGUGUUUUGCACUUGCCCCUUUCCCCAGAUUUUUUUGGAAGAGGAAUGUUUCUCAAUACAAGGGUAGAAUAAGAAGAAGGACCCCCCCCCCCCCCCACACACACACACUUAGUAGUGUGCUUAAAUUCAGCAGGUAACAAAUUCAGCCCACUCUUUGAGCGUAGCAGUUCACGCAUUCAUGCAGCACAAUGUGCCAACUUGUAUGUUGUCAGCAGACGAUCAGGUUUUUGGGGUUUUUGUUUGUUUUUCUCCUUUGCAGACGGUUUCAUCCUCGCCCUUUUUUUGUUUUUUUAGCAGUGUCAUAUAAGAAUGUGGGCCGCAGGUGAAAAUAGUUGGUCCAGGGAGGCUUGGCUCCUCUUUCCAGUUAUUCUGCCUGGUUGAACAAACAGCCAAGUGCAGGCAGGCAGGCAGGGGAAGAGAGGGGCGGCCGGGGGAAACUAACUCCCCCAACCUGGCAGGCUGGGUGGCCCGGAUACCGUGGGUAGCGGGGGAAACCUUUUUGUUUCCUGCCACCAGAAUGGGGGCAGCUGUUGUUUGUCUGGGGCCCUCUGCCCACCCUUGGGUGACUUCAUACUGGAUCCCUCAGCUCUCAGCGACCUCCCUCCUCUUCCUACUCCACAGUCACUAUCUCACUCAUACUCGCCCCCUUCACCCAUCUCCAGUGCCGGAUCAGCUGGGGAUGUGUUGCCUUUUGUAAAUGCCCAGGAGAGCAACCAGACGUCCAGUCAGAGGAAGAGAGGACUUUUAUUGUGUCAGUCGCCAGACAAAAGCGCUUUUUAUUGCCACCAAGCGUGUGUGUGUGUGUGUGUGUGUAUGAAUGUAUGUGUGUGUAAAUAACUGUGUAAUGGGAUCAGAUAUGGCUGAACUUUUAGCUUUUUUUAUGCAUCUGCUAUUAAUGCAAAUUGAUAGACAUUCCACUGUGCUCCAUCCUGUUCAAUGCAGACUUUCUUACACAGCUUCCCUUUACAAUAACAGACCUGAAAGAGAGGAACGAGUGCAGUCGGGGUUUAUUGACAGUCAUGAAAGCAGGUGCAGGUGAAAGCAAACCCACGUUCUGUGGAAUGGGUUUGAUGUUUCAUUUAAGCCUUUAUUGAAAUAAUGAAAGAAAAUAUUUAACAUAUUAACAAAAGAUUUAUAUUCACUUUGUAAAUACAGUAGUCAUUAAUAUAUUAACUGUUCAUUAUAUAAAUAAUCUUCAGAAAGUUAUAUAAUUUGGACCAGAACUAAGGCUUCAGUCAGCCUAAAUGUUUUUCCUUUUCUUUUAUAAAUAAUAAUCUUUACGGAUGUGGAAAAUGAACUUUAGUUGAGUGGAUGUGGGGCAGUGAAGUGAGUUUACUCAGAUAGAAAGCAGGACAAUGGCAAAAUAGGAAAACCGUACUUGGUUACCCCCCCCUGCCCGCCCAUGAACUGAUGCAACUGUUUUUGUGGGUUUCAUCUUAACAGACUUUUUAAUACGUAAUGUAAGCUUUUUUAUUUUCUCUUCUUUGAACCCCCCUGCCCCUGGGCUAAAUUGCUAAUUUAUAGAAAUAAAAUGCAUUUUUGAAAAAGACAGAAAGAAAACAAACAAAAAUAAUUGUUUUUACUUAUUUAUUUUUUGCAUGUUUUUCUGCCCUUGCAUUUUUUUUCCCCACCGAGCCGCUCUGUUAGUCUGUUGAUUCUGAAAGAAAGAGAGAGAGAUAGAAAAAAGAAGAAAAUACUUGAGAGUUCCCUCCACAUAACGCACAGACUGAAGGCUCAUAUGCAUGAAUAUUGAAUAUGUGAAAGUUUUAUAUCAUUAUUGGCCAAGAGGGUGAUGAGUAAUGUUAUGAAGACUGUAAAUUGUGGCCCGAUUUGAUUGGAAUUGGUGUGCAAGUGUGUCACGCUCCCAGGUCAGACUGAAGCACAGACGCUUCCAAAAGGGAAAGAGGUAAAAACUUGCUUAUGUAGCUCUGGACGUGCGGUUAUGUUUUCUCAUUAAAAUCCUAUAUUAUCCUCGUUAGUGGUCACUCAGAUCAGUAUUAGUUUUUAUUCACUUAUUUACCUCCUACAGAAAAACACAAACCUAAAGUACUGUUUUUAUUCAACACAUGAGCAGAUAUCUAUUAGAGAUGUGUAAAGUCUGUUCGUUUACAUUCAGAGUAGUUUGCAUUUGGCACACAAGGGGUUGCUGUUUAUCCUGAGUGUACAGCUAUGAUGAGGAGAAAAAGAAGAGACUAACUGAUAGAGUGCACUCUGAUAACUCUUGCUUUGCGCAGUGUUACGAGAAGAUGUUUAUAAAUCUGUGCAGGUGUGAAUUUUGCCCAAUUGACAAAGCAGCGUCUUAACGUGACGCUUUUUUAACAUGAACUCAUUCAGGAUUCCGAUCGGCUUCAUGGAGGCACAGUCACAUGUGCAAUUUUCAGGCAGAUUUUUUUGAAAGUGGAGCUGCAGUGGUGACUGAUCACUGAUUACUAAGACUAUCAUGUUUCAAUUUGUAUACAUCCUGUGAAAGAUAGAAAAAUAAAUUGCUUUGGUAAGAAGAACCUUCUCCCCUUGAUGCUCUUCUGAAACAUGAAAUGCAGUGUCUGUCUAUGACCUUUGCGUACUAUGUUGCCAAUACUACAGUGUGAUGAGACUUUUGUUCUUGCAUGAAUAGAGACACUGUUCUCCUACCUCAUGUUGUGAUAUAAGAUGUUUUUUAAGCAGAAGACACUGCAUCUCUAACUGUUGAUCAUCAUUAUUUACUAGUAAAUGACAUACCUGUAAAUGCUUUUAGCUGAUACCUCAGUUGUAUUUAGUGUUUUAUUUCUGCUAUUUUCCCCUCCCUGAUUUCAGAUCUUGUAAAUAACUCCUGUAUAGACGAUGAACUUGGAUCAAAUUCAAGUAAAGUUCUGUAGUGUCAAAACUA